GGCCAGAUCCUGCACAGAGCUGGUGUGAGACCGUCUCUGCCUCCCCUCUUGCCAUCAGCGUGACCUCAGUGCAGACCUGGGCGUGCAGCUCUUUGUGAUCGACAACGGCGCCGAUGACUGGCGGAUAGCAAUGACUUAUGAGCGCAUCCUUUACAUCAGCCUGGAGAUGCUGGUUUGUGCCAUACACCCCAUCCCUGGGGAGUACAAAUUUUUCUGGACAGCACGUCUGGCCUUCUCCUACACACCCUCACGGGCAGAGGCCGAUGUGGACAUCAUCCUCUCCAUCCCCAUGUUCCUCCGCCUGUACCUGAUUGCCCGGGUCAUGCUGCUGCACAGCAAACUCUUCACUGAUGCCUCGUCACGCAGCAUCGGGGCGCUCAACAAAAUCAACUUCAACACACGCUUCGUCAUGAAGACUCUCAUGACCAUCUGCCCCGGCACCGUGCUGCUGGUCUUCAGCAUCUCCCUGUGGAUCAUCGCCGCUUGGACGGUCCGUGUCUGCGAGAGGUACCACGAUCAGCAGGAUGUGACCAGCAACUUCCUGGGUGCCAUGUGGCUCAUCUCCAUCACGUUCCUCUCCAUUGGCUACGGUGACAUGGUGCCUCACACAUACUGUGGGAAAGGCGUCUGCCUCCUCACCGGCAUCAUGGGGGCUGGCUGCACUGCCCUGGUGGUGGCCGUGGUGGCCAGGAAACUGGAACUCACCAAAGCCGAGAAGCAUGUGCACAACUUCAUGAUGGACACUCAGCUGACGAAGCGGAUCAAGAAUGCUGCAGCCAACGUCCUUCGGGAAACGUGGUUUAUCUACAAACACACAAAGCUGCUAAAGAAGAUUGAUCAUGCCAAAGUCAGGAAGCAUCAGAGAAAGUUCCUUCAAGCCAUUCACCAGCUGCGCAGUGUGAAGAUGGAGCAGAGGAAGCUGAGUGACCAGGCCAACACGCUGGUUGACCUUUCCAAGAUGCAGAACGUUAUGUAUGACCUGAUCACAGAGCUCAAUGACCGGAGUGAGGACUUGGAGAAGCAGAUUGGCAGCCUAGAAUCCAAACUGGAGCAGCUCACCACGAGCUUCAACUCUCUUCCCCUGCUCAUCGCCGAAACCCUGCGCCACCAGCAGCAGCAGCUCCUCGCCGCUGUCAUUGAUGCUCGUGGCAUCAGUAUGGCGGGGGGAACCCCCCAGACGCCCCUGUCCGACAGUCCGAUUGGGGUCAGCUCCGCCUCCUUCCCAACCCCUUACACCAGUUCAAGCAGCUGCUAAACUGCAGACUGAGCCCCCAAGCCCCACGGAGACAGACAAGAAGAGCUACUUGUGGGUCUUCAGAGUCAAGUCAACUUUCUUCCGGCCCUCUGGCCGCCACAGAACCACCCAGGCCAAGCCAAUGCUGAAAGCAUGACCGAACUAACGCCGAGGUUAGCUCAGAGCCCUCGGAGUUCAACAACGCCUUGGAACCAGAAAUCCAGUCUCUGUUUCGGUGCCUCUACAUGCGAUGAGAAGGAAGCGGAUGUGAGGGGAAGCCUCUGGCAAGGCCCUUGCUGCAGUGUUUGGUGGAGGACAGAAAUCCACACAAUCUCAGGUCUUCAAAUAAGGAAAAAAAAAAAAAAAGUCCGAAGCACUGAAGCAAUGGAGCUGCAACAGAGGGAGAGUACUCCACAGCGCGGGCUGUGAGCCAUGGGCAAAGGGGCUGCUUAUCUCCAGGGCCUUCCUUCGUUCCCAUUCCUCCCAGCCCUGUUCGUUAAGUGUCUUGCCAAGGAAGAGUGGGGGAGGAGGACAAUUAGUUUGCCAAGACUGCUAUCCCUUUGCCUCCUGCACCUCCCACAGCCCUACCGGGGAACUGCCAAUAUCUCGCCUUCUUGCACAGGCUCUGAGCUCAGAGGCCCAUUUGCCACCCCACCCCCUGCCAAAACACUGCCACAUACACACAUUUCCAGCUAGGGGAGGGUUCUUCAUUUGCUUUAUUCUGAGUCUCUUUAGAGGAGUGAGUCCAUAUUCUGCCUGAAGCCACGUGCUGGAGUGCAGCAUUCAGGUGCUGGGCACGGCAUCUGGGGCAUGCCGGCUUCGCGGGGGUGUUUAUCGCAUUACAGGGCGGUUACAGGGAGAUGAAACACACUGCAAGUCAAUCCAGCGUGGAUUGUUAAAAAUGCACUGCCACUCCAGUGAAGCCAUGCGAGGCACCCGAGUUCCAAGCACCCUGAGUCAGCGGGGCAGCGAGGGUUGCAGAAGCAAUGCAUUCAGCCAAUGGUCAGAGAGGGCUUUGUGAAAUGGAACCAGAUGGUUCCUCCUGGAGCUGCAGCCAGUCCUGUUUGACUGGAGCAAGGGUCACUGCACUGCAGGGCUUUCAAGGGGGCACCCUGCAUUCCUCCUGAAAACCCCCUGAGGAGUAGAAAAAGUUUUGUGGUGGAUCUUGAAUUACCUACAUCACCCACACACCAGGGGCCACCAUUUAUAGUCUCAGCAAAUAAUCCAGUACCUCUCCAGUCCAGGUACUCUUUGAAGAGGCUUCAGAACUGAACGGUGAAACACCCAGGGCCAAUUAGAGAGAGAGUCUUAAUGUGUGACAUGAAUUUAAAAAUUCUCCCCCCUGCCUUCAGCUUGUCUGACAACAAUGACAUUCUACUAGCUCAAACAGUGCUUGACCUAACCAUGAGGUUGCUUUAAUGGGAGGUAGUAACCGGGAGAAACAGAAAAGAAUGUUGAUUAGGACACUUCAUCAGUUUAAAACAAAAGACGAAUUCAUUGCAGUGAUUCUGUUGGGUCUUGGUAGAUAGCAGCAGAACCACCCCGGGGUAAAUGAUGCAAUGUGCGGCUUCGCAGGCAGCUAGACCAGUGGUUCUCAAACUUUUGUACUGGUGACCCCUUUCACAUAGCAAGCCUCGGAGUGCCACCCCCUUUAUACAUUAACAACACUUUUUUAGAAAUUUAACACCAUUAUAAAUGCUGAAGGCAAAGCGGUUUUGGGGUGGCGGCUGACAGUUCGCGACCCCCUGAGGGGUCCCGAUUCCCAAUUUGAGAACCCCUGAGCUAGACAGAUAUCCACAGCCUGGGAUGCUGCCCUUUAUGGCCAUCUGCUGGGGGAGCUGCCUUCAACGGCAAUAGUCAGGAGUGGGGAUGGACGCGCGAGUUACCACCACCGCCACUGGCUGUGGGAGAGGACAGUCCAUGAGAGAGAGAUGGCUAAUCUUUGCUGGUUGUCACCUCCCAGCUUCCUCUGGGAACUAAAAUAUUCCCUUCUCCCUCUGACAUUUUCACUUCUUUAAAAACUCUUUGUUCAGCCCCAGCUCCUGCCUUUGUUGUUUUAAUGCCUUGUCUGGUCUUUGUUCAGAGUCCUGGGGGCAGCCGCAAGGCGCUGGCUUUCUUUCUUAGAACUCCGGAAUGGGGUUGGCUGCUCUCAAUGAAAACUCAGCAGAGGAUAUUUAUAUAUUUUUAAACGGAUGAAGUAACCAUGUAAUUACUCUGUGCUGUUAAUUACACAUCACCCAGUGGUGUCUGCUAAUUGUACUGAAAGUCACUCUGUUACUCCAGGCAUACUUAGCCUGGAAACUUCUCCUCUGUAACUCUCUCACUUCUAUAAAGAACACUGGAUUCCAUAGGGACCUAGGCAGGGAUCUAUCAGCAGCAGAGGGGUUUACAUACAAAACUCUCCUUGUUUCUGCUGGUAGGUCAAACCCUACACUGAAACCAUCCCUAGUUGGAGAGAAGAAUAUGCCUUCUUCCCACCCGCUCUAACGCUGGUGGCACAACGGUAUUGCUCUGCUGCAUAUUGUGGCAGAAAUACCAAGGGAGUUCUGCUAAUCAUGCCCUAGUACCACAGAGGUCUGAGUAACCCCGUCGAUAACGCAGGAGCAAAAUGAGCCUCCAUAAACACAAUUGACCAAGGUCAGGAGGGAAAUUAUACACCCUCCGAAGAAGUACUGCAGAGGCAAGGCAGGAUGUUGCACAGCCCCAUGCCAGCAGGAACAAGGGCACCGUGGACACCUUUCCAUCAGCCCCACCCCACUAAUGUGCUUAGUGUGGACAUACGCAAUCGACUGUAUAAAAUCGACCUAAUUUUGUAGUGUAGACAUACCCUCAGAGGGUUUCCUGCGCCAAUAGCCAUGGUACUCCUCACUCAGCACAUCUGUCACCAUCUUGAGAAGCCAGGGCUCGCACACCCCUUUCCAUGGCAGGAGAGGUUUUUGGUUUAUAGCCAAACCAUUGCUUGGCCUGUCACCCUCACCGUCGUAGCCAUCAGGCCUUUCUCCUACUUCAGGAGUGCUUCCAUUUCCACUGCCAUCGUUUGAGCCUUGCUCCCCCCCUUCCCAGCCCUGACUGCAUGGGCAGCAUUCGGAGCGGAGAGACGGCUACGCUAAGAUCACUGCCAGUAUCCCUCCACUCUGGCCAGGAGGAGAUAUUCUAGCCACGGUAGCCAUCUGCUCCCCCUUUCAAAUACUGUGUAGGCCAGUGGUUAGGUCACUCGCCUGGGAGUCAGGAGCCCUGAGUGCUAGUCCUGGCUCUGACACAGACUCGCUGUGUGACCUUGGGCAAGUCACUUCCCAUCUCUCUGCCUCCAUUUCCCCUCCGUAAGAUGGUGAGGACAAUGCUUAUCCAUCUUUAUAACGUGAUUUCAGGUCUAGGGACGAGAAAGGCUCUAUAAAUGCUAACUAGCGUUAUAAAAUACACUUGUCUUCAUCUCUGGUGGUUCACAUAGGACGAAACAACAGCAGCUGACACUGAAUCUGUGAUAUAAGUACUAGCAAGAGACAGAAAAAGAGAUCCUCAAGUUUUAGAUCACUAAAGGGAGUAUUGGUUGCAAAGGAUCAGUAUCACCAACAGGAAACUUGUGCCUAAUAAUCAAUGUUGGUAAAUCCUACUGAAUGCCAUGAGACUGGAAAAUGCCAAAUCACUAACAGAUUCAAAGCUUUUGUGAGGAAUGAAGCAUAAGCAGUGAAGGCUUCAAUAUCACACGUAGGGUAUGAGAAUUUUUCUACAGGCAUAACUGUCUAGUGCAGUGUAAUUUCAUUAGGAUUGAUUAUUAUCUUGACAGAAGUUUCUUGCUGGUUUAUAAAGAGAGACAGAUACUCAACUGCACUGCCAGCUGGUAUCUCUGGUGCUGCCCCAAGCAAUGUUCCGUGAUUCAGUUGACUGGUCCAGUACUCCAGUUGUCACCACUGCAGUACCAGGCACUACUGUUCCUCUACCCCACCAAUUUUGCAGUCCCUCAUAUUCAGCACCUUAGACAGCAGUCUGGUUAAUCUAAUCAUCAGUGGCAAGCAUGUUUGACUCUACCUCUGAUACCCGUUUUUACUCCUUUGUUGCCUGCUACCAUUGUCCGGGCAUUGGUCAAGUUAGUGAGGAAGUGAAAGCAAUGAUGUUUGCAAUGGCAUUUAAACGAUUCUACAGAGCCAUUGCUGUCAGACAGCCUUUGCUAGUAGAAGGAUAAGCCAGCCACUGAUUAUAUUAAUGAGACAGGCACAUCCGUAGUAAUACAGUAGAACCUCAGAGUUUCCAACACCAGAGUUACAAACUCACCAGUCAGCCACACAGCUCCUUUGGAACCGGAAGUCUGCAAUCAGGCAGCAGCAGAGCCAAAAAAAGCAAAUACGGCAGCGUGCUGCGUUCAAGGUAAACUCCUAAAAAACGAAAGGGAAAGCGGCAUUUUUCUUCUGCAUCGUGAAGUUUCAAAGCUGUAUUAAGUCAAUGUUCAGUUGUAAACUUCUGAAAGAAGAACCAGAACAUUUUGUUCAGGGUUACGAGCAACCUCCAUGCCCGAGGUGUUCGUAACUCUGGGGUUCUACUGCAUAGUGUCAGUUCCCACAAUGUCCUAGGCUUGCCCUGAGUAACUCAGGUGAGUUUUCCUAGAUUUACUAAACUGCUUCAACAGGACUCCUUGUAUAAACUAUCCCUGGCAUCUCUCCUAUACUGGAAACACCUAACCUGACCUGGAAUUUCCCUAUGAGUCGCCCAUGGGCAAGUCUUUAACAACCAGUCUCCAUCUCCCAGUGGCAGGGGGAACCUCUGUUUACAUACCUGAGAAAGGCAUUCUGGAACCUGCAGUAAUGGGCCAGAAGAUGACACCCCCUCAAACUGAACCAGAACAAAGGAAGGGAAGAACUGAGGCUGAGGGAGGAAAAGCACAAGAGUAAAACAACGCAUCGUUAUCAUCCCAAAGAGAUGCUGACAUUCUACAGACAAAAAGCAGUGACAAACCACACGCAAAUCAGACUGAACCAGCCAAUGCCCACAUUUUAUGGUAGAUGGAAGGGAAAAAAUAACCAUUCUCUGGCUCAUUCUGAAUCUCAGACAGGACCCACCCAUCUUCAGCUCAUCUCAUUUCCUGGCACAGCCUCAGUUUUGCUCCAAGAACCUCUAUUCUGCACUGUCCACGAGGGAAAAACCACAAAGCAGCAGAAUGCCAGAACCGAUCGAACAUCCUCUUUGCAACUCUCAAAACUGAAGUGUUUAUAUUCAGACUUCGAUGAUGAGCAUCAAUCUGGGUUUGCAUCUUGCCUCUGUACUGCUUGCUUUUUUUUUAAUAAUAGGAGAAAAGCAUAAUAGUUUAUUUUAACUAUGAAAUCUAUUGCUAUAUUAUAAAGGGUAUUGUAACUUUCCAUUAAGUUUUUGUAUCAAACUAGUUUGUUAGCAGGCAGAGAUGUCUGUCCAAAUGUCUGUUUCUGAGUACAAGUCACUGCAGAUUUUAGCUUGACACAGGGACUAAGGCAAAUGGUCAGUAGAUUAGAGCCUUUGCAAUCCAUUUGCAGAGACUCCACAGGCUCCUAACCCUGUGAGUUUGUGACUGCGAAUAUGUAUUGCAUAGGCCCUAUAAACGGAGAACAAAAAGAUUCAAGGCAGGUCCUCAGCUGGUGCAAACCAGUGUAGCUUUCCCGACCUCAAAGAAGCUAUGCCAGUUUCCACCAGCUAAAGUGGCUCUCGUUCUUUAAAAAGGCAUUUCCCAUCCAAGUCCUACCAUGCCCUGCCAGACAGUUUCUCUCCCUCGUUCUCCAGACGAACGCAGGAGCCCGGUGCCUAGGCCACGAAUGGCAUGAAUCCAAAACCCAAGCUCUGCAAACUCAAGUUUUCUGAGUGGGCCGUGGGAGCUGGUGGAGUGAGCAGUGGAAAUGCUCCUCUCCCGAGCUGGGUUUCCGUGCAGUCUGUGCUGCUCCGUCGGGAGAACAAGGCUUGACAGGCUCAGCUCCGUGCUCACGGGCAGGACAGCAGCCCAGGAUGCAGAUGGACUGCUCUGACCUGGGAACAGCUUGUGCCCAGAAGAGGAUGAGGGUCCGAAUGUCCUCCUAAAGUAGAGCGUGUCUGCAGGGCAGGUGGGGGGAGCACACAGAAGCUCCCUGAGUCACUCCUGGCCUGUAGAUCAGCAAAGAAAUUUAGUUUUCAGCCGCUGUUGUCCCUGAGGCCCCCAGGACCAUGUGUGUUCAGGACUUCCUUGGGGUGGGGAGGUGAACAGAGUCCUCCCUCUGUCUCUCCCCUGCCCUCGGUCAUCACAUGACUUCCUGUGUGAUGGUGUAGUACUGCCCUGCCUCCAUGAGGUUUGCUGCUGCAGAUAAGCUCUGCUUUCAGGGGAAAUUGUUUUAAGUGAAACAGACCCGACAGUGCACUGCCCCGCCUGGUCACCACCAGCUCCCUGAGGAACUGCCCAACAUUCUUAGCCAGAAACGAAUGAGCCGUGCCAGGGCCCUCUGGGGUCAGAUGACAGCCAGUGUGAUACCAGGCUUCCUAGGAUACCCCAGAACGACACUGCCAUAGGGUAGAGUUGACACAUUUCUUCAUUGGUAUAAAGAGUCCUAAAUUCUGAGAGAGGCUGAUUUGCUGGUGGUACAAGGGGAUAUUCCUUCCCGCAGAACAGAGACAUUACGCGUUUCCAGGGACUCACUGAGUUUUUGAUGCUUGUGGCUUGCAAGUAUUCAGAACAAGCAAACAAACCAUCUCUUCCAAUCUCUAGUCUAAUGGCUGCUUUGGGACUGGGCUGGGCUUGAUCUGCGCAUGGGGCGGGUGUGCAAAGCUGGCGUGAGGCACUGCCCGGUGGCUGGGGCCUGGCCAGCCUCCCUGUACUGAAUUAGGGCUGCUCCAACUUACACUUGCUCCAAAUGGCCCCAAGGGUCUGGAACUACAGCCAAGGAUCUGCACGGCACAUAAGCCUAGUCAGACUCGGGAAGGGGCCAGAAGCUCUGUCUUACAACAGAGUGACCCUCCUGGGCUGGCGAAAGAGUCCAUCAGCAAUGCAGCACGGAGCAGCCAGAUCAGCCAAAGAGCCCGGCCCUACACCUCUUGGUUCUGUAUUUCUGUUCAGUGCCUUCCUGCCCUGCCGUCCCCACUGCUUGUGAGCUCCCGUCUGCAGCACUCCAGAGCAGCACCCUUACAGUGACUAGAUGCCAUUCGGAGAACUGCCCCCUUGCCCCCCAUGCUUCCCAGCAAGUCUUCAUCUCUCUGGAGAUCCGAACACCCUUUUCCGCUGAGUCACCAGUGCUGCCUGGAGCGGAGGCUCUUUGCCCUGGCUCAGCCGCCAGCCUAUCCCAGGCAACAAACAUCCUUCACUCCCUGGUCCUCGGUUUCCAGUCUGCAAGCUAUUAGUCCAGGGGAAUGCACGAGAGGAGAAGUCCAACCGCUCAGUCCUGCCCCUGGGUCUCUCAUAAGAAUCAUUGACGUUAUUUCUUGCAAAGGAGACGAUCCCUGCAGGGAACCCAUGAGAGAGCAAAAGAGAUGGGAGUAGGUUUGCCAGACCCUGGAACAAGCAGCGGUCCCGAGACCUGUGGGGUUGCUCCGGGCAGCCUCAGAGGAUGAGUCCUCUGCACAAUUCCACUCUGGCUUCCUGUUGACCCACCCCAUUUUCACUGUCUCCUCUGGUAGCACGAUUCCACUCCUGCGCUACUGCCUCCGGGUCAGUUCGCCAUCAUGGAUCCUGGCUCCACAGGGAGACAUUGAUAAUACCAUCCUUAACUGCCACAAACAUCCCUGAAGGGGGCUGAUGCCACAAAAAUCUGCUCUUCUCCCAGCCACAGCCCCUUACUCAGCUGUGCACCCCUCCACACCACCAGAACUGAAUUACAGAGAAGGGCUUUUCAGGGUUUGGGGAAAUAGUCCUCUAUAGGAUUAGUUCCCCUCCCUCUGUCAGACUUGGGGCUGUUUUCCUGACGCUUUCUGUGGCCCACAGCGUGUAACAAAGAUGCUCACACUUUUACCUUCCUGCCUGAAUGGAUAUUACCCAACAAGCGUGCUGCUUUCUCACUGUUUCUGUUCAAAGUCAUCUCGAGGGCUUUCCCUUCAUUUCAGACUCUCCGGAUCCCUGCCAACAGCACAGUUACUGUGAGACACAGAGCAGGGCAGGGUUUCCACUGGCUUGUUACUGAAAAUAUCUCCUUUCUUGGCUAUCUACCGGUCCAGGAUUCCAUCGGGGAACUGCCAUGAGCGAGGUCAGCUAGUACCAGUGAACGUAGUGGGCUCUGAGUCACUAACCCUGAACUAUGAAUCACUUCUGGUUGUUAUUUGUAUGUAUCCAUGGGCAGGAUUUGAUCAAGUGCUCACAUUUCCUAGUUCUUCUGCUAACCAUAUGCGUGGUCCCUGUCAGCCCGGGGCUCCCUAAAUUUGGGGGGGAGGGGCGGAGAUGCAUCCGACAGCAUUGCCAUAAAACUGAUUUGUACCCAGAAACAGGCAUGUUUUAAACUAAUGGCUUUAACCUGUUCACUGUAAAAAGUGCCUUGGACUUAAAUCUGAAGAGGUCAGUAUCUAUAAAUAUUUACUAUGCGGGUGUGUAAGUAGGUAGAUACCUACAUAUCUAUAUAUACACACACACAUAUAUAUACACACCCACCCACAAAUAUACCAUCUAUACGUACAUAUAUAAAGACUUCAGAACCCUC